CGGGCUUAGUUCAUAUUUACAAACAUCUCAAGAAAGCCGGGAAAAUCGCAACAUGUUGAUUUUGUUGCAGUUGUGUUGAGUCCGAACAUUUUUAGUGAAUUUCCUCUGAUUACCACUGCAUUCCGCGAUUCCAGCGAUGAUUCAAAGUGAAACCAACCGUGCCGCGCAAGUGAAAUCGCGUUUGCUUCAAACCUACAGCAUCAAAGUGGUAGACGAAUGGCUCACCGGUUGCGUGUCGUUUUGCCUGCAGGAGAACCCCAAGACUUCCAACGAGGCCCUGUUCAAAUUCACGUUUGACCAGUGGGUUCUGGCCGAUCUACAAGAGAUUGGAGUGUCCACCCUGCCGGAAUCGGUGGAAACCGAAACCAAGUGCUUUACGUUGAAGGGGAUCUUCCCGCUGCAGUUGAACUACUUGAUGGACAUUUCGGAACCAUGUUACGACCAGUUGAGGAACCUGUACAAUGAAAAGCUGGAUGAAGCGGACGACGAAAUCCAGAUGCGUAAGAAUCAGACCCAGCAUGUCCGGAAGCGGAGGAUGCUGAAGUUGGAACUUACGGAUGGGAAGCGAACCGUAAUUGGAAUGGAGCACAGUCCGAUAGCUGCCCUGAAUACAAAACUUCCGCCCGGAGUAAAGGUUUUACUCAGCGGUCCAAUUCGAUGCAUCAACAGGGUAAUGUUCCUGGAACCGAAGAAUGUGAAAAUUCUCGGCGGAGAGGUGGACACCCUCCUCAUAACAAAUGCCUUCGAGAAUAUCCUGCUGAAACAGCUGGGACAGCCGUUGAAAGCUAAUCCGAAAACGAAAUACGAGGAAGUGGUGGUGACGGAAAAGAAUCCCAAAAGUAACUAUAACAAUAUUCCGUCGGUUCCGAUGGUGUUCCCUUCGCCGGCCAAACCGACGCUGAGUAGGACGAGCACGAAUCAGUACGAUGACUGGGAAGAUGACAUGUUCCUGGGGAUCAAUCUGGACGGAAUUGAAUCCAAUAGUGGUGCGGACAGGAGUAAUAAGGUCAAACCUCCAGAACAAGUUCCCACUGUCAGCACCCUGAUGGAUGACGACGACGACCUGCAGAUAAUCAACCUUCCCGAGGAAGAAAUUAUGAACCAUCAAGUUUCUUCUACCAAAACUUCCCAACCUUCCCCGCCUUCAGCCCGACCAAAGAGACCAACCUACCGAUUGCCAUCCUUCGAAGAACCCGAUGACGAUAUCGACGCCAUGAACUCCCUAGAAGACGAAAUUCGAAACGAACAGCAAAACCAAUUUGCUCACUAUAUCGAUGACGAUGAUCCGGAAAUAUCUUCCCCACCCGCUGCACCGAUUCAGCCAGCAAAACGACCACGCACGGAAUUGUCCUCCAGUAAGCCACCCAAACCAUCGAAUCCCGCAGACGAUGGCCAACGGCCGUCCACCAGCAAAAACUUUGACAAAUGCUCCGUUUCGGCACUGUUUGAGGACAGUCUGGACGACGUGUUCGAUGUAGAGGAGAGGGCUCCGAGCUUGUCCGGAACGGACAACAUCCUUUCGCCGCGGUAUCAGUUUCAAAUCGAGGGCUACAGUUUGGUGACGGUGGAUCAGAUUAGCAAGCUCAGCGAUACCGAGCGGGACGAGCGGACCUUUGUGGUGUUCGGCGAGGUGGAGGAAGUUUUCGAGCGGAUACGCAUCUCGGAUGACGGCUGGAAGCUGGGCGUCAUGGUGACGGACCGGUCCGAGCGGGUUUUGCCGGUUCGCUUCCAUACGACUGUGAUUAGCAGAAUGGUCGGCCACGAAGCUAGUGAAAUUCAACAAAUGAAACGUGCCAAAAAUCCUCAAGUGAUGAAAUUGUUAGAGGAGAUACUGAUCAACUUCAAAAAUCAACUGCAAGAUCUGCGCACUUUUAUGCGAGUGCGUUACCAUCAAGGUAACGAUUUCCCCGUCAUCAUGGAGCUGUAUGAUUGUACAAAGGCUCAUUUAUCAGUUUUAACAAAUAAAAUCAACCAGGAAGACCUCAAGCACCUGCUAGAAAUUCUGCCACAGGAGUGUGACCCGAAAAGGUGAGUUUCUUUCAAAUUGUAUGGGAAACACGGCUCGAAUCGUUUGUCAAAAUAUACUCUUUAUAGAAAUUAUUCACGUUUACAAUA